GUCAUAAAUUAACUAAAAAUUAAUCAUAAGUUAAAAUACUAACUAUAUAGUUAAAUAUAUUUAUUUAAGCUCCUAACUAUUUAUUGUAAGAGCUUUGCUGUAUUAUUAUUUUAUACUUUGGUCUUCCUCCAGUCGUCCCUCCUCCGCUGAGUUUCGUGUUUUGUGAACUUUUCUCUCUGGAUCUCAGAACAAGUUUUCCUGAAAUCAGGACGUUCCUGUCAGGCUGCCUGCUGGAUUUGAAUAGUUCAGAGGAGCCGCCAGCCGCUGAUUGGUCCGCAGGGAGGGCUGCUUUGAGCGCGCGGCUGUCUGUCAGCGGAACGCUGGCCGCUGAUUGGCCGGUUGCGGCGCGGGGGCGGGCUCAGUGCGGGGUAUAAACCGCCUCAGCCUCCUGAGCGGCUGGAAAUGAGUGCUGGUCCUCAGCGGCGCCGCGGCGUCUCCGAUGUUUCCACUCACAGCUGACUGGAGCAGUUCAGCCAGAACCGAGCCCGAGCAGUGACAGGCGGUUCCGGAGCGGGUUGGAGGUGGACCGGGGCGCCAUGGAGUGCGCCGUGGACGCGCAGAGCCUGAUCUCCAUGUCCCUGAUGAAGAUCCACAGCUCCCGGACGCAGCGCGGCGGCAUCAAGCUGCACAAGAACCUGCUGGUGUCUUACGUGCUGCGCAACGCGCGCCAGCUCUACAUCAAGGAGAAGUACGCGGAGAUCUACCGGAUGCAGCAGUACGAGGAGGUGAUGGCGGUGUGCAGCGGGAUCCAGGAGCUGGACCCGCUGGAGCCGCUGGAGCAGCAGGGCGCGGAGGACGCGGAGCCGGAGCAGCCGGGGCGCGCCGCGCUUUGCGGGGAGGAGAGCCGGGCGGCGGGCGGCCGGGAGCCGGAGCCGCCGGAGCCGGCGUACUACCGGAGCUGCUGCAUGGAGGACCAGUUCUCCCAGAACUGCAACAAAACCACCGUACUGGACCUGGACACGCACGUGGUGACCACGGUGGAGAACGGCUUCCUGCACCAGGACUGCUGCUGCGCCGCCGCCGCCGCCGCCGCGCCGCAGUGCGCGCCGGGCGCCGCGGCCAGGAAGCGGAAGGUGGACUCUGCCGGCUGCUCGCCGGACUUGGAGGAGCCGGCGGACUACACGGCGGGGCGGAAGCGGUUGAAACGGGAGGAGUGCUCCGGCGCGGACUGCAGCCCGGACGCCUCCAACAUCUCCAACCUGAUCUCCAUCUUCGGCUCCGGAUUCUCCGGGCUGCUGAGCCGCCAGGCCGAACUGGAGCAGGUCUGCAGCAAGCAGGCGCUGGCCAGCCUGGGCGCCUGGACCCGGGCCAUCGUGGCGUUCUGACGAGCCGUUUCGUACCAAGUCCGAUGCGCUGAUUUGUAACAUUUUUAUUUCGUCAUGAAUAUAAAUGGUCAUAAAUGUUCGGUUGGUUCUGAUCUGGUUCGGUUCGGCAGAGUCAGAAUCAGCUGUUUCAUGCCCGGGUACGAAAUGGCGCAGGGACGGAACGAGCAGGACGGAAGGGAGACCGGGCUCAGCUGUUCUGUGUGGGAACAUUUCAGAGGCGGGUCCAGAGUUUACAUGGUGGGGGGGCCGGGGCCCCAGAGGCCCGGGGGUCAUUUUGCACAUCUGGGAGGUUGGAGGUCCUCCACACUUCUUCUUCUCCUCCUUCUACUUCUUCUUCUGCGUCUCAUUUCUAUAGUUUCACAGCAAAACAUGAACAGCAAUAAUUUGGUUUAUUUUGAUGAUAAAUGAGAAAAAUGUGGAAAAAUGUUUUCACUGCCUUAUUCCUACAUUUAUAAAUGUCAAAAUUUCAAACUAAAUAUUAAAUUAACAAGCUAAAUAUCUAACUUUCAAAUAAAAUUUUUAGUUAUGAAGAUAAAUAUUUAGUUUUAGAACUAAAUAUCCAAACUCAAUGUUUAAAUGUAGGAAUAACAUGGUUCAGUAAUCUGAAUCAUUGUUGGUGUUUUGCUGUAGAAAUAUCCACAGAGCCGACAGGAAGUGACACGUUUGCACGUUUCAGGCCGAGUCGGCCAUCUUGAUUCGCCUGACAUCCUGAACCGGUCCAGGUUUUACCUCAGAGCAGCGUGUCUCAACUGAACCAGGAAGUGGAGGAUGCAGCUGAGCCCGGCCUCCGAACUGGUCAGAACCGGGUCAGAACUGGUCAGAACCGGGUCAGAACUGGUCAGAACCGGGUCAGAACUGGUCAGAACCGGGUCAUCCCUGAGGAACUCCUGUUGCCUUAACCCUGAAGCUCGCUGAAUGUUUUCAGCAGCAUGUCGGAGAAACAGACUCCAGAUCUCAAACGUGGUUUUGUUUCCAACAUGGCCGCCGUUCUGUAGAGUCCCGGCUCGGUUCCGUGGGUCCGAACGUUGUGAGAACGGAUCAGAAUUAGUCCUUUUGUUGUAGAAAGGGAAGCUCCGGGUUUCUGCGCGGCCUGAGGAUCCUGCCGGCUUUACGAGCACUAUGUGUACCAAAACAGAGAACUCAGCCAUUCUCCACAUAUUUUCUUUGUUAUUCUUGUAUUUUUGUGCUUAAUAAAUUGUAUAUCUCCGGGUCAAACUGUUCGAGAAAGUAUUUGUUAAAAUUUAUAAUCUUAAUAAAAAAUAAAAGUCUUUCAUCUGAA